ACUUCCGUACGUAACUCCGAAACCUUCUUGAGCGUGAGUUCUGUGUAGCCCACGAAUAUUUACUUUGAUAAAAUCUCUAAAAAUCCGUAGCAACCCAGUAUAUAUUUUCAUUAAAAUAGUAUUUCUCGAAAUUUAAAUUGGUGAACAUGCCAACCUUCAAGGGACCAACUCAUGGGCCGAGUCAAUCGGCCUAUGUUGAUCGUGAAAAGCCAGCCGAGGUUCGACGAAGCAACAUUACUGCUGCCAAAGCUGUUGCAGAUGCUGUUCGUACAAGCUUGGGCCCAAGAGGCAUGGAUAAGAUGAUUCAAGAUGCUAAGGGAGAUGUAACAAUUACCAACGAUGGUGCGACCAUCUUGAAACAGAUGCAGGUCCUUCAUCCAGCUGCCAAAAUGCUGGUAGAGCUGUCGAAGGCACAAGAUGUGGAGGCUGGUGACGGAACAACAACUGUAGUUGUUAUUGCUGGGAGUCUUUUGGAGGCAGCUUCUAGGCUUUUGGACAAGGGUAUUCAUCCGACCAUCAUAUCGGAGUCCUUCCAGCAUGCAGCAGACAAGGCAUGUGAGAUCCUGGCUGAUAUGUCUGUCUCUGUGAAGCUAGAUGAUAGAGAAGCUCUCCUACAGAGUGCUACCACGUCGCUCAACUCCAAGGUUGUAUCCCAGUACUCAGGUCUCCUUGCUCCCAUUGCUGUUGAUGCAAUCUUGCAAGUCAUAGACUCUUCCACAGCCACCAACGUUGAUCUAACCGACAUCAAAUGUAUCCAGAAAAUAGGUGGAACUAUUGAAGAUACUGAAUUAGUGAAAGGAAUCGUCUUCAGUCAAAAGGCAGCUGGAUCUUCAGGGCCACACAAAGUAGAAAAGGCUAAAAUUGGUCUAAUCCAGUUCUGUCUGUCAGCUCCAAAGACUGAUAUGGACAACCAGGUAGUAGUAUCUGACUACACCCAGAUGGAUCGAGUGCUGAGAGAGGAGAGGGCCUACAUCCUCAACCUUGUCAAACAGAUCAAGAAGGCAGGAUGUAAUGUACUCCUCAUUCAAAAGUCUAUUCUCAGGGAUGGCUUGAGUGACCUAGCCCUUCAUUUCUUACAGAAGAUGAAGAUCAUGGUUGUAAAGGAUAUCGAGAGGGAAGACAUUGAGUUCGUCUGCAAGUCCAUUGGCUGCAAACCCAUUGCCAGCAUUGACCACUUCACACCAGAAUUUUUAGCCUCAGCUGACCUUGUCGAGGAAGUUGUUACAGGCAGCAGCAAAGUCGUCAAGAUCACCGGUGCAGCUACCCCGGGCAAGACCAUGACUGUCCUGGUGAGGGGAUCCAAUAAGCUCAUUCUAGAAGAGGCUGAACGCUCAAUCCACGAUGCUCUGUGUGUCAUCAGAUGCCUGGUCAAGAAGAGGGCUCUGAUUGCCGGUGGAGGAGCACCCGAGAUCGAGGUCUCGCACCGCAUGACCGAGUACAGCCACAGCCUGAGCGGCAUGGAGGCUUACUGCUUCCGAGCGUACGCUGAGGCCAUGGAGGUCAUCCCAUCCACGCUGGCCGAGAACGCUGGUCUGAAUCCUAUCAGCGUUGUGACCGAGCUCAGGAAUAGGCAUGCACAGGGAGAGAAGACUGCUGGUAUCAAUGUCAGGAAGGGUGCAAUCACUAAUAUCCUGGAAGAGAAUGUAAUCCAGCCUCUGCUGGUAUCAACCAGUGCAAUCCAGCUGGCUUCAGAGACGGUGCGAAGUCUCAUGAAGAUUGAUGACAUUGUCAAUGCCCGAUAACCUUCAUGGCGGUACAGGAGUUUGUGAAGCAGUAUCUAUGUAAUUGUAGCUGAGUGGAGUGGAGUAUUGUGACAGCACUGUUUAAUAUAAUACAUACACAUGUGAGCCAACCCAGAAUUCCCAUCCAUCACCUAAACAGGCAGAUAUAUAGACCAUUCAAGACACGUUCACACUCUACACCCAAGGAGAAGUAAAGCAUGUUUGGAAGCAAAGAUAUGAAUGAGCCUACCAACAUUCCACAUGUGGAAGUAACAUUCAUUUCCAUAUUGACUUGUGAGAGCCAGAAGGGCCUUAACUCUGUGCUUGACUAUAUGAGUCAUCGCCCUUCUAGCUCUCAGUAAAUGAAGUUUAGAAUAUUAGUUCUCAAGAUUUCAGGUCCUGACAACUUUCUUUACAAGGCUUCAUUGUCAUUCAACACAUAUGAGACUCUACCAUGUCCGAGUCUAUUUUCAGGAACCAACUGGUAUCCCUCUUUUCUAAAAUCCUUAAAAAGAAACAUGGGUUUAAUAACAUCAAUAGAAAUUACAGUAGUAACCACCUAAAAGGAUGGAAUGGUCUCUAUCUUACAUUCUGCAGGGUAAAUAUUAUUUACUUGGUACAAGGAAUUCAUGCUUACAGUUAGCAAUUUUCUGCAACAUUACAAUAUGUCUCUUUAUAUUGGAUAUCAGCCAACUGACAUGACAUACUACAACUACAAAAUGUUACCUGAAAAUGUAGAGCAUUUUUUUCACCAGUUCUACUUAUGUACAAUGUUGCAUGGAUGUUUAAAUGCUUUUCUGGAACCUAUUUAAGAAAAUUAAGCAGUAUACUCAAGGUCGGGUCAUUGUUACUGAAAAAGGUUCCACACUGAUAAUGCCCUCUAUAGGAAUAGAACUCUGUAUGGUCUCCCAGUACAGCUCCCAUGGUGCAGCAGUGAUGUUGUCAUCCUACUUAACACCCAAGUGAGAGACUGUUUUCCCUUACAGUGCUGGACCCCUUUAUCGAAGUAAUAACAUGUUAGAGAAACAAAAGAGGCAUUUGAAAUAAGUGAUAUUCAUCUUUGUAAAGUUUUCCCUUUUUGUAAUUAAUUUCAUAAUAUACAUGUUUCUCAUGCUUGAUGUGUUGUUUCUUUUGUACUAUAAUUUUGAUAUAUAUAUGUAUUGUGAAUGUCAUGGGCAUAAACAAUCUCCAUGUGAGAGGUAGAAUGCCUUGCAGUUUAAUAAAAGCUGAAAGUACCAGCGCUGUGGACAAAAAAAAA